UCCUACUUUCUGAUAAUAGUCGAUUCUCUGUUUCUCUCUACUGCCCCCAUUAAUUUAAGCUUGUACAAGGGUUUAUCUGAACUUGUAUAAAUCUCCAAUGUUUAAAGGUUAAAUCUUUAUUUGAGAUAUCUCUUCACAGAUUUGCAAUCGUAGACAGAUUUUUCUUUUUCCUUUUUUUUUUUUUUUAAUCAAUGGGAAGCCGAAAAUUAGUUCGUGAUUUGUUCCUAGCUAAGCAACUUCUCUUUCCACUGCAAUCUCGACAGGUUGCAAGUUCGAGAUUACGAUUGGUUUCAACGAAUAAUGGGUUAUUGGGUUCUCGUCGAUUUAGUGUUUUCAAUGAAUUCUCUGAGAAACUAAAAGGGGAGGUCAAAAGUAAUCCUGAUAUCCAAAAGUCAAUUAAGCAGCUCAAGGAGAAAGCAGGGGAAAUUAAGGAGGCGAAAGAAGAAUUGAAAGUUAGAACGAAGCAGACAACGGAGAAGCUUUACAAGAGUGUGGACGGUGUAUGGACGGAGGCUGAAGCUACAGCGAAGAAGGUGUCCGCUAACGUGAAGGAGAAGUUCUCAGCUGCCACAGAGGAGGUCAAAGAAACAUUUGGGCUUGGAAAGCAAGAUUCUCCAGGAUCCUCCACCAAAACCUCUACUAACACUGGUGCUCAUGUGAAAGAUGAGAAGAAUGCCCCAUCCGGAGAAGCUACAUCUCAGAAUUCUGAAUCUGGUGAUUCCCAACAAUCAUAUUUCAACAGGUUUAAAUCCACUGUCUCUUCUGCUGCUCCGACAGUUUCCUCGGCCUUCCAAAAAAUUAAGGAAACAAAGGUACUUGACAUGGCAAAACAAGGUUAUGUCAUCGUGAAAGAUGAAUUAAGUGGAAAACCUAGUAAGAGAAGGCAUAUGCAACAUGAAGCCUCCUCUUACCCCAAAGGGGAAAGAAGUACAAAAACUGACAUUGUAAUUGUACCCACAAAGCAAUCACGCUGGGGUAAGAAGUGGGAAGCAUUCAAAGAAAAGAUGCAAGGUAACCCUGUAAUCAAGCGUAUAAGUGGGAUUGGUGAGCCUGUUGUAAAAAAGAGUCAAGAGCUCGCAGAGGAUGUCCGGGAGGUAUGGGAAACAAGUGAUCACCCUGUUGUUCGCGAACUUCAAGAUAUGAAUGAAACUGUUUUUGGAGAAACAGAUGCUGCCAUAUCGCGCAAGGAAAUACGUCGUCGGGACCCGUCCUUCUCGUUACCGGAUUUUGUUGCUGAAGUUCAAGAAAUGAUCAGGCCGACCCUUGAUGCUUAUUUCAAGGGUGAUGUGGAAACACUGAAGAAGAAUUGUAGUCCUGAAGUAAUUGAGAGAUGUAAAGCAGAGAAGCAAGCUUACGAAAGCCAGGGAAUGUUCUUCAGCAAUAAGAUCUUACAUAUAUCCGACGUUGAAGUCCAUGAAACUAAACUAAUGGGAAACAGUCCUAUAAUCAUUGUAGUGUUCCAAACUCAGCAAAUUUACUGUGUGAUGGAUAAGGAAGGUUCAAUAACGGAAGGAGGAAAGGAUACAAUUCAAACUGUAUUUUAUCAAUGGGCAAUGCAACAAGUUGACGUAGAAGACCAGGAGGAAGGUGCUCUCUAUCCUAUAUGGAGGUUACGAGAAACACAACAACUCGGAAUGAAAGCUCUCAUUUAGUAGGCGCACGCAUUUGCUCAUCAUUGCAACUGGAUUUGUGUUUAUCUGGACUUUUGUUUUUCAUCCCCACCAGAGAAAAAUCACAAUCUGGCUCCAAUUUGUUUUAAGAACGUGAAAACAGUCGUUAUGCAAAAUCCGAACAUUAUGUUUAUUUAUUCUGUCAGAUUUUCAAGUAAUAUUUAUCUAUAUUAUAAAUCA